AUCCUUAGUAAUUAUCAGCACUUUAGAUGGAAGAAUUGCUGCACUGGAUGCUGAGAAUCAUGGUAAAAAGCAGUGGGAUUUGGACGUGGGAUCUGGUUCCUUGGUUUCAUCUAGCCUCAGCAAGCCAGAGGUGUUUGGGAAUAAGAUGAUAAUUCCUUCCCUGGACGGCGACCUCUUCCAGUGGGACCGAGAGCGAGAGAGCAUGGAGACUGUUCCUUUCACUGUGGAGUCCCUUCUCGAAUCUUCAUAUAAAUUUGGAGAUGAUGUUGUUUUGGUUGGAGGAAAAUCUCUUACUACGUAUGGACUCAGUGCAUAUAGUGGAAAGCUGAGGUAUAUCUGUUCUGCCUUGGGGUGUCGCCGAUGGGAUAGUGAUGAAAUGGAAGAAGAGGAAGACAUCUUGCUUCUGCAGCGUACACAGAAGACUGUUCGUGCUGUUGGGCCUCGAAGUGGCAGUGAGAAGUGGAAUUUCAGUGUUGGCCACUUUGAACUUCGGUAUAUUCCAGACAUGGAAACUAGAGCCGGAUUUAUUGAGAGCACCUUUAAACCUGGUGGGAACAAAGAAGACUCUAAAAUUAUUUCAGAUGUGGAAGAACAAGAAGGUUCCGUGCUGGACACAGUGAUAAAGGUUUCCGUUGCUGAUUGGAAGGUCAUUGCCUUUAGUAAAAAGGGAGGCCACCUGGAGUGGGAGUAUCAGUUUUGUACUCCGAUUGCAUCUGCCUGGUUGGUGAGGGAUGGCAAGGUCAUCCCCAUCAGUCUGUUUGAUGAUACAAGUUACACAGCUAAUGAAGCAGCUUUGGAAGAUGAAGAGGACAUUGUAGAGGCUGCUCGAGGAGCCACAGAGAACAGCGUGUACUUAGGGAUGUACAGAGGCCAGCUGUACUUGCAGUCAUCUGUCAGAGUCUCAGAAAAAUUCCCUACAAGCCCAAAGGCCUUGGAGUCUGUCAAUGGCGAAAAUGCAAUUAUCCCUCUGCCGACGAUCAAAUGGAAGCCCUUAAUCCAUUCUCCUUCUAGGACUCCUGUCUUGGUUGGGUCUGAUGAAUUUGACAAAUGUCUAAGUAAUGAUAAGUUUUCCCAUGAAGAAUAUAGUAACGGUGCACUUUCAAUUCUACAGUAUCCAUAUGAUAAUGGUUACUAUCUGCCAUAUUACAAGAGAGAAAGGAAUAAACGGAGCACACAGAUCACAGUCAGAUUCCUGGAAAGCCCACAUUACAGCAAGAACAUCCGUAAGAAGGACCCUGUCCUCCUCCUGCACUGGUGGAAGGAAAUAUUUGGAACGAUCUUACUUUGCAUCGUAGCCACAACCUUUAUCGUGCGCAGGCUUUUCCAUCCACAGCCCCACAGGCAAAGGAAGGAGUCUGAAACUCAGUGUCAAACUGAAAAUAAGUACGAUUCUGUGAGUGCCGAUGCCAGUGACAGUAGCUGGAACGACAUUAAAAACUCAGGCUACGUGUCCCGAUAUCUAACAGACUUUGAGCCAAUUCAGUGCAUGGGUCGUGGUGGCUUUGGAGUUGUGUUUGAAGCUAGAAACAAAGUAGAUGAUUGCAAUUAUGCUAUCAAGAGGAUCCGUCUCCCCAACAGGGAAUUGGCACGGGAGAAGGUGAUGCGCGAAGUCAAAGCCCUGGCUAAGCUGGAGCACCCGGGCAUUGUGAGGUACUUCAACGCCUGGCUGGAAACACCUCCAGAGAAGUGGCAAGAGCAGAUGGAUGAAAUCUGGCUGAAAGACGAAAGCACAGACUGGCCACUCAGCUCUCCUAGCCCAAUGGAUGCACCAUCCGUUAAGAUCCGCAGAAUGGAUCCUUUCUCUACAAAAGAACAUAUUGAAGUCAUAGCUCCUUCACCUCAAAGAAGUCGGUCUUUCUCAGUGGGCAUUUCCUGUGGCCAGACAAGUUCCUCUGAGAGCCAGUUCUCUCCACUGGAGUUCUCAGGAACAGACUGUGGAGACAAUAGCGAGUCCAUGGGUGCGGCCCACAACCUCCAGGACAGUUGCCUGACAGAGUGCGACAUGGAGGAUGGUACUGUGGACGGCAAUGAUGAGGGGCACUCCUUCGAACUUUGUCCUUCUGAAGCUUCUCCCUACACAAGGUCGAGGGAGGGGACGUCCUCUUCCAUAGUGUUUGAAGACUCUGGCUGUGACAAUGCGUCCAGUAAGGAAGACCCCAGAACCAACCGGCUGCAUAACGGCAACCAUUAUGUUCAUAAGCUAACUGACUUCAAGUACUCGAGCAGCAGAUCCUCUUCCGAAGCCACCUUGUCUACCUCUCCUACCAGGCCAACCACUCUAAGUUUAGAUUUCACCAAGAACACUGUGGACCAGCUCCAGCCCAGUUCCCCAAAGGUGUACCUGUACAUCCAGAUGCAGCUGUGCAGAAAGGAGAACCUUAAAGACUGGCUGAACCGACGCUGCAGCAUGGAGGACAGGGAGCACAGUGUGUGUCUGCACAUCUUUCUGCAGAUCGCAGAGGCCGUGGAGUUUCUGCACAGCAAGGGACUCAUGCACAGGGACCUGAAGCCUUCCAACAUAUUCUUCACCAUGGAUGAUGUGGUCAAAGUUGGGGACUUUGGACUAGUGACCGCCAUGGACCAAGAUGAAGAAGAGCAGACUGUUCUGACUCCAAUGCCCGCCUAUGCCACACACACAGGACAAGUGGGGACCAAGCUCUACAUGAGCCCAGAGCAGAUUCACGGAAACAACUACUCCCAUAAAGUGGACAUCUUCUCUUUGGGCUUGAUUCUGUUUGAAUUACUUUACCCAUUCAGCACUCAGAUGGAACGAGUCAGGACCUUAACUGAUGUAAGAAAUCUAAAGUUCCCACCCCUGUUUACUCAGAAAUACCCCCGAGAGCAUUUGAUGGUUCAAGACAUGCUCUCUCCUUCCCCCACGGAGAGGCCUGAAGCCAUAAACAUCAUUGAAAAUGCUGUAUUUGAGGACUUGGAGUUUCCCGGGAAGACGGUUCUGAGACAGCGGUCCCGCUCCAUGAGUUCAUCUGGAACAAAACAUUCCAGACAGCCUAGCUGUUCACACAGCCCACUGCCUGGCAACUAGCUUUCAGCUGUCCCAGCAACCCUUGCAGGUGGCAAGGAGCAGACACCUGGAGGACUGUGGCUCUCCACAGUGGUGGACUCAGAUUUUAUGCUUUGAUCAGUGUGGUUUAGGACCAAUUUUUCUAAGUCAGACUGGAUUAUGGGCCUAAUCCAGUUUUCUCUGAACUUCAAGGACUGUGUAAAUGACAUGUGGACUUGACUUGUUCCUUGUUGGUGUUCCAAAACUAGGUCAAGCUUUGGAACCCUCACUUUUUGCCAGGAGGUAGAAGCAAUCCCUGAAAUGAUCUGAAUUGAAAUAUCUUUAUAGCACAAGAGUCAAAGACACACACACACACACACACACACACACACACCCCGCCAUGGUGACUACCUGCUCUAGAGACAUGCUUUCUAGAGAUACAAAGACAUCCCCCCACCAUGAUGACUACCCUCUCUAGAGACUUACUUUCUAGAGAUACCAGGGUGAUUUUUGAAAGUGAUUGUCGUAAAGCUGACUCCAGUUUUGUCCCUGGUAGGCACUUGACCCAUCUGCACUAUUUGGAAGGCACAUAGCACAAGCCGGGUCUCGGUUCAUGUCAGUAGUGUCAUAGUCUGCAGCAUUGAAUAGCUCCAUCCUUUAGGUUGUUCUAGGGAGUGUUAGGAAUUUUUUGUACUUUUUACCUCCAAUAAUGGGAAAAUGAAACUUUUUAGGUAUCAGUCUAAGGUUCUGAUUUGAGGGCUUAAAAAAAAGAAACUGUAGUAAGAAAUGGAUCAUCUAUUAUGACUAACUUCUUCAAUUAUGUAAUUUUUAGCCUACUAGAAUCCUAUCUUAUAUAUAAUACUGUAAGUGGGUACAUCCCUCAAACUGAUUAUAGAUAUGUUUAAUCAUCUCAACUUGCUAACGUUUUCAUUUUUCCUGUAAAUAUGUUUAUUUUUUAUUUAUGAAAAUUCUGAAAUCAAUCCAUUUGGGUUGGUGGUGUACAGAACACACAUAAGUGUGUUAACUAUUAUGACUUCUUUCAAGUCUAAAUGAUUUAAUAAAACUUUUUUAAAUUAUA